CCCCGGCCCCCCGCCCUCGGGCCUCAGGACAGGACGGGAGGGAAGGAGAGAGGGAGGAAGGGGCGCGGGCAGCGGGUGGGAUCGUGCAAGGCGCGUGAAGCCUCGCUGGCGCCUGCUCCGGGACGCGGACGCUGGCGGGCGCGGACUUUCUGCCGAGGGGCCGAGCGCACCUCUGCUGACAGCAUUUCAGAAGGCAUCAGCUUUUCUUCGUGGACCCAUUCAUCAAAGGAAAUAUGUUUGUACUAUUUUUAAAAGCUUUUUACUUCAUCAGACAGAGGUUCACCCCCCCAGAAUGAAAGUUAGUACAUAUGAAAGGGUAAUUUACUGUGUGACUAUUUGAGGUGUCCCAUCAGAUCACUGAACUAAUACAUUAUCCAGAACACUGCUUUUAAUCAGGAAGAUUUCAUCUUGACCCCCCAAAAAAAAACAACAACAAAACAAAACAAAAAAAACGCUUGUAUUCAUUGUGUUUUCUGAAAUGGAAAGCAGAAGACAAGAACAGACUUAAAAUAAGUGAAUGUUUAGUAAAUAGUCUCACGGAGAUAACUUAGUGGUAUGAAAUCAGCACAGAUCUCUGGUUGUGGUCCUAAAGACAAGAUUCUUAAUGGGACUGAUAAUAAGAGGCCCAGGACCUUUUGUGCAUCCAACUCUCAGUGAUAGAAUGUGUAGUCGUCGGCAUGAGUGGUUCAGCAGAAGAAAUAAAGAAGCUUUCGUCUAAAUCCAGAAGUGGAGUCAUUUUUUUUCACUGUUGUUGUUUUGAAACCUUCUUCCUAACUGUUUAAAAAGAAUUGACAACUAUUUUUAAAGAAAGGCAGAUGUCUGCAAAUAAUUCCCCUCCAUCAGCCCAGAAGUCUGUAUUACCUGCAACUAUUUCUGCUGUGCUUCCAACUCCUUCUCCGUGUUCAAGUCCUAAGACAGGACUCUCAGCCCGGCUCUCUAAUGGAAGCUUCAGUGCACCAUCACUCACGAACUCGAGAGGCUCAGUGCACACAGUUUCAUUUCUACUGCAGAUUGGCCUCACAAGGGAGAAUGUUACCAUUGAAGCCCAGGAACUGUCCUUAUCCGCUGUCAAGGAUCUUGUAUGCUCCAUUGUUUAUCAGAAGUUUCCAGAAUGUGGAUUCUUUGGCAUGUAUGAUAAGAUUCUUCUCUUUCGCCACAACAUGAACUCAGAAAAUAUUUUGCAGCUGAUUACUUCAGCAGAUGAAAUACAUGAAGGCGAUCUUGUAGAAGUUGUUCUUUCAGCUUUAGCCACAGUAGAAGACUUCCAGAUUCGCCCUCAUACUCUCUAUGUACAUUCUUAUAAAGCCCCUACCUUUUGUGAUUAUUGUGGUGAAAUGCUCUGGGGAUUGGUACGUCAAGGAUUAAAAUGUGAAGGCUGUGGAUUAAAUUAUCAUAAACGAUGUGCCUUCAAGAUUCCAAAUAACUGUAGUGGAGUAAGAAAGAGACGUCUGUCAAAUGUAUCUCUACCAGGACCUGGCCUCUCAGUUCCAAGACCCCUGCAGCCUGAAUGUGUGCCCCUUCUCAGUGAAGAGUCACAUAUUCACCAAGAACCAAGUAAGAGAAUUCCAUCUUGGAGUGGUCGUCCAAUCUGGAUGGAAAAGAUGGUGAUGUGCAGAGUAAAAGUUCCACACACAUUUGCUGUUCACUCUUAUGGCCGUCCCACAAUAUGUCAGUAUUGCAAGCGGUUACUGAAAGGCCUCUUUCGCCAAGGAAUGCAGUGUAAAGAUUGCAAAUUCAACUGCCAUAAACGCUGUGCAUCAAAAGUACCAAGAGAUUGCCUUGGAGAAGUUACUUUCAAUGGAGAACCUUCCAGUCUGGGAACAGAUACAGAUAUACCAAUGGAUAUUGACAGUAAUGAUAUAAACAGUGAUGGAAGUCGGGGCUUGGAUGACUCUGAAGAGCCAUCCCCCCCAGAAGACAAAAUAUUCUUUCUGGAUCCAUCUGAUCUUGAUGUGGAACGAGAUGAAGAAACUGUUAAAACAAUCAGUCCAUCCACAAGCAAUAACAUUCCAUUGAUGAGGGUUGUACAGUCUAUCAAGCACACAAAGAGGAAGAGCAGCACAAUGGUGAAGGAAGGGUGGAUGGUCCAUUACACCAGCAGGGAUAACCUGAGAAAAAGGCAUUAUUGGAGACUUGACAGCAAGUGUCUAACAUUGUUUCAAAAUGAAUCUGGAUCAAAAUAUUAUAAGGAAAUCCCACUUUCAGAAAUUCUCCGAGUAUCUUCGCCACAAGAUUUUACAAACAUUUCACAAGGCAGUAACCCACACUGUUUUGAAAUCAUCACUGAUACUAUGGUAUACUUUGUUGGUGAGAACAGUGGGGAAAGCUCUCACAAUCCUGUACUUGCUGCCACUGGAGUUGGACUUGAUGUUGCACAGAGCUGGGAAAAAGCCAUUCGUCAAGCCCUCAUGCCUGUGACUCCUCAAGCAAGUGUUUGCACUUCUCCAGGGCAAGGAAAAGACCAUAAAGAUUUGGCUACCAGUAUCUCUGUGUCUAAUUGUCAGGUCCAGGAGAAUGUGGACAUCAGCACUGUUUAUCAGAUAUUUGCAGAUGAGGUGCUUGGUUCAGGACAGUUUGGCAUUGUUUAUGGAGGAAAACAUAGAAAGACUGGAAGGGAUGUAGCUAUUAAAGUAAUUGAUAAGAUGAGAUUCCCCACAAAGCAAGAAAGUCAACUCCGUAAUGAAGUGGCUAUUUUACAGAAUCUUCACCAUCCUGGGAUUGUAAAUCUGGAAUGCAUGUUUGAAACUCCAGAACGAGUCUUUGUAGUGAUGGAAAAGCUGCAUGGAGAUAUGUUAGAAAUGAUUUUGUCCAGUGAGAAAAGUCGACUUCCAGAACGGAUUACUAAAUUCAUGGUCACACAGAUACUUGUUGCCUUGAGGAAUCUACAUUUUAAGAAUAUUGUGCACUGUGAUUUAAAGCCUGAAAAUGUGCUGCUUGCAUCAGCAGAGCCAUUUCCUCAGGUGAAGUUGUGUGACUUUGGAUUUGCACGCAUCAUUGGUGAGAAGUCAUUCCGGAGAUCAGUGGUAGGAACACCAGCCUACUUAGCCCCUGAGGUUCUCAGGAGUAAAGGUUACAACCGUUCUCUAGAUAUGUGGUCUGUGGGAGUCAUCGUCUAUGUGAGCCUCAGUGGCACAUUUCCAUUCAAUGAAGAUGAAGAUAUAAAUGAUCAAAUCCAAAAUGCUGCAUUUAUGUACCCACCAAAUCCAUGGAAAGAAAUUUCCAGUGAAGCAAUUGAUUUGAUAAACAACUUGCUUCAAGUCAAGAUGAGAAAACGUUACAGUGUUGACAAAUCUCUUAGCCAUCCUUGGCUACAGGACUAUCAGACUUGGCUUGACCUCAGAGAAUUUGAAACUCGUAUUGGAGAACGUUAUAUUACACAUGAAAGUGAUGAUGCUCGCUGGGAAAUACAUGCAUACACACACAACCUCGAGUACCCAAAACAUUUCAUUAUGGCUCCCAAUCCAGAUGAUAUGGAAGAAGAUCCUUAAUUAUCAUGAAGUAACUUCAAUAAGGAAGGAUUUCAUUUCAUAAACAGAUACUUCGCUGCGUAACUGUUGUUCUUUGUUGGCUAUCACUUGCAAGGAUGCAGAGCCAUGAGGAAACAGACAGAAUUGGUGACACCAAUGCUGUAGUUCAUGAGUUAGGUACAGAAAGGGAAUAUGAGUAAUAAAAACACAAGGAAAUAAAAAUGAAACUUUCUAUAUAUAAAUUUUUGUAGCAUAAGCAAUAACUGGUUUUGUAAUUUUUCCUAAUCCUUCACAUCAGCACAGUGUCACUUAAUUUAUCAUCCCUUUGCUGUUACAUCACUUGUUUUAAAAGCCUAUGAUUGUCUAGUUAUUGCUUGACCAAAUCAUUUAAGAGCUGUAAGGUUGAUUGCUGAACAGGUUUGUAGUUAAGCAGUAACUGUGAGGCUAACAAUAAAUGAUUUACUGUAAGGACUUUUUGUCUAACCAACUAUUAGAAGCAUUGAAGGGUUUUUCCUGGAUCCCUAUAAAAGGAGCACUGAACUGUUAAAUGUUUAUGGAUCUGUAACUUUGAAUAUGGUCUCUACUAAAUAAAGUCACUUUUCCUAGAUUGCAGUAGCUAUAAGGAUAAUUGAACAGUUGUUACAAAACAGAAAUAGCUGGUAUAAAUGCUGAGCAGAUACAUGUGCCUUGUCAUCCCUCAACUCUGCUGCCAAACAUGUUCCCAGCUGACACCAUCAUGAUGCCAUGCUAUAUCCCAACAGUCAGUAGGUACAGC